GUGGGAGUGAGAGCGAGAGCGAGUGAAGAAGAAAAAGAUAAAUGAGAGAGACUAGCAGCACUGAGCCCAAAAACCAUGGCAUGUGACACACUGCUCUGACGGUUGUUGCUGGUCUGGUCAAGGAUAUAGCAAUCUGGCACGCGCAAUCAGCAGCUCAUUCACACACACACCGCUCCCAACCAUUGCCUAAACCAGCGGGCAUCACCCUCUUAUAGCACGCUACAAGUCAGUCCCUCUCACACACUUAUGCAAAAAAGUAAAAGUGAGUGAGUGAGUGGGGUCACACGCAUCGCUAUUUGCAUUCUUUUGUUUACUCUUUUCCUUUCUUUCUUUCUUCUUCAGACUACAAACACAAUUUAUUUAUAAUGUGGAGCACCUCCAUGGACAACACCAUGACGAUUCUCGCCUUGAGUGUUCUCGGUGUCAGUGCACUCGUCACUACGUCUUUCAUCCUGUACUGCUGUUGCUGGAACAAGUGUGUCCGACGCCAACAGCAACAAGAAACCCCUGAUCGCCUGUUGGAAGAAGGAGAUGAACGUUCUCCAUUGCUAUCCUCGUCAUUUCGCUCACGCUAUUUAAAACGGACCUCAACGUUUUAUCAGUGGAACCGACCAGCGCCACCUUCUCCGUCGUCGUCUUCCUUAUCAAUACAAAACCAGCAACAACAACAGCCACAGCAUCAAUAUGGUCAGCAACACACCGACGACGACGAAGAAGAAGAAGAAGAAGAGGAAGACCGCAGUGUACAACAAAAGAAACGAGAAACAUGGCUGAGUCGACGCAAAGAGCUAUUGAAAAAGUACGCUCGAUCACCGAGUUUUGUUACCACCAGCUCGUCAUGAUCCCACUGCGAUUCGUAGACACAACCACUAUACCCAUUAUAAAAGAGACUAUGUACCAUCAUCGCCAUUGUUAUCGCUCCAUACACCCUGUUCUGAUCCACACAUUCCAAACAACUCAUACAUAUGAUGUAACCCGUAUAUAUUCACCAACAACAACAACAACAACAAAAAAUAAGUUAAACGACGAGAUUGUCCUUUUUGUGAGGAGCGGGGUGUUGAAUAGGAUGGGA